AUGUGCCAAGGCGAGCUGCGGCCGGUGGAGAAGGGAGUGAAGGACGGGAUCCAUCGGCUGCAGUGCAUCGAGUGCCACCGCGUGGUCACCAUGCGCUACUGCUCCGCCUGCGGACAUCAGUUCGAGGACACGGUCGUCGACGCGCGCAUGGAGAUCCCCGGCGUGAACGUGGGAACGCAGAAACACACCGGGGAGCUGUACAAGCAGUCGCAUUUCUCGGGGAUGACGAAGGUCUACGCGCGGCUGCAGAACCAUUUCUUGUAUUUGUUUAACACACCCGCGGCCGAUGUGCCCAGCAUGGCCUUCUUUUUGGACAAAGCCACUAAUAGAGUGCCCGACGCCAAGAACGCGAAGUACUUCGGCUUCACUCUGCAGUUCCCCGCGGCAUACGACCAGACCUUCUACACCACGACGGAAUCCGACCGAGCGAGCUGGGUGAAGACGAUCGAGGAGGCGUCGGGCGUGCGGCGCUUCGGCGACUUCUACGACCUGCGCGAGAAGAUCGGCGAGGGGCGUUUCGCGGAGGUGUACCGCUGUAUCGAGAAGAAAUCGCGGAAGGAGUACGCGGUGAAAGUGAUCGCGAAAUCGAAGCUGACGGAGAAGGAAGCGCAGCUGAUCCAGACGGAAAUCGCGAAUUUGUCGCUGGUGCAGCAUCCGAACAUCGUCACUCUCAUCGAAACCUUCGAGUCCCCGCACGUACUGGCUUCUCUCGCAGAGUUUUAUGCGCAGCAUAUGUACAUCGUGAUGGAGCUUCUGCGAGGCGGCGAGCUGUACAGUAAUAUCUGCGGACGAGCGAUUUUGAGCGAGUUGGAGGCGUAUCAGAUCAUCGCUCCGCUCACCAAUUGCUUGUGUUAUCUGCACAACAUGGGGAUUAUUCAUCGCGAUAUCAAACCUGAGAAUAUUUUAUGCAACUCCAGUUUGUUUGAUGUUAAAAUCGCCGAUUUUGGGUUCUCUAAACUCAUUUUCCCGCGGGAAAAGCUCGACUAUCCUUGCGGAACGCUCAACUAUAUCGCUCCGGAAGUCAUUACAAGGAAGGGAUACACGACGAAAGCAGAUAUGUGGUCGCUGGGAAUCAUUUUUUACCUCAUGUAA